AUGGAGGAUAUCCGCCAUAUUCAACCUUCUAGCAAGGGGAAACUAAAGCAGAAAUACAAUCGUUGUCUGGGGAAGAGGAAAGAAGUGUUCUUGGAUCCCGACUACGAGGAGAAGGAGGGAGAAGAGGAGGAACCACCCUAUGAGGAGGGAAGUGAAGCCGAUCCAACAUUACUGAAGCACAAAGAAGGAGCUGCUCAUCACGCCCAAAGUCUCGACUCUUCGGAAGUUGGUGACUUAGUCCCAGAGUCCAGCGACUGGCGAGGACUCGAAUUAGACGACAUAAACGACGAUGCACUCUUGCGGUGGAAGCACGAGGCCAUAUCUGAGGAUCGAACCAUUGAAAGCAAUUGGGACAAGAAAAGACUAGCGGUCGUUCUUCAUCAACUCUCUCGACCUUCUCUUGGACAGCAAAAGGAUCCAAUUCUAGCCGCAGGGUAA